CCCCGACCCCCUGCCCCAGCCAUGAUCCCCCUCCCACCCUCCGAACCCCUCAGUCCCAGCCCAGAGCACCCUUCUGCAACCCAAACCCCUCAUCCCCAGCCCCACACCAGAGCCUGCACCCCCUGCUGGAGCCCUCACUCCCCCCCACACACCAACCCCCUGAGCCAGCCUGGUGAAAAUGAGCAAGUCCUUAAAGGUACAGAGAAUAUGUAGCCUGGUUUUUGGGAGCUAGCAGAAAGUGAAAACAAGCAGCCAGGCCUGGUCACAAGUCGAGAGCUGCUGAGCACCCAUGGCUCCUGAUGAAGUAACUGGGCUCGGCAGCCCCUAUGCACAGAAAGGUGUUCAGUCAAAUGCUGUCGCCACCAUCCAGUACUGAGCAGCAUCCUGCUUUGGAGAGGUAACUGUACCUGCAGCAGGGUGCAGGCUAAUGGUACCUUGAUGGAAAGAUCACACGACUCAGUGUGCCAUGAUGCAUCUCAGUGGCAGAGCACAGAGCAACAGGCUGGCAGUUCCCUAUGCCGGCCAAGUACAGGCCUCCUGCGAGAAAUCAAACGUCAAGUGUUUCGAGGCAGUUGAUGCUGGUGCAAGCAAACAAAUGGAAGAGAAGGGACGUGCAUUUGAAAUCAGCAACUGGCAUCCCCUAAGCCAGUGGUUCUCAACCCAUGGCCUGCGGUCACUUGCGGCCCAUGUGACAUCCUCAGAGCCAUACGGAGACUUCCCCUGAAACAGAGACAGAGCGUGAGAACUCAAGCCAGAAUGAAAAGCCUGAAGGCCAAGUUUAAGAAGACUGAAAGCCACGACUGGGGUAAGAAUGAUGAGAAGCUCCUACAGGCCGUGGACUACAACGACCCCGAGAAGGUGACGGCUCUACUCCUCCGCAAGGGCCUGGUCCCCACCAAACUGGACUCGGAGGGCAAAUCCGCGUUCCACCUGGCUGCAAUGAGAGGGAACGUGGACUGCCUGGAAGUGAUGCUCGCUCAUGGAGCGGACACCAUGACCACAGACAGCUCCGGGUACAACGCGCUCCACCUGGCCGCGAAACAUGGCCACCCACAGUGCGUGAGCAAACUACUGCAGGCAUCUUGCCCGGUUGAUGGAGCCGACAGCAGCGGUCAGACAGCGCUCCACCAUGCAGCUGUCAGCGGCUGCAUCUCAUGCUCAGAGAUUCUCUGCGAUUUCAAGGCCUCCUUGAAUACCAAGGACAAGGAUGGCUCCACCCCUCUGAUCCUGGCAGCUAAGAUGAGCCAUUCAGAGCUGUGCCGGUACCUGCUGCAUCACGGAGCUGCUGUGAACAGCAGAGACCAGCAAGGCAGAACAGCCCUGAUGCUGGCCUGCGAGAACGGCAGCGUGGAGACGGUGGAAGUCCUCAUCCACGCCGGGGCGCGGGUCGGCAUGGUGGACGCCAGGGGCCAGGACGCAGCCCGCUACAGCCUGGCCACGGGGAAUGCCUUGAUCCAGCACUACCUGCAGGACGCCUCCCAGCGCCACUCCUGGGCUAGCGAAGAGGAGUCGGCUGAGCGAACGUCGCAGACGGCGUCGCCGAGCCAGCCUCCGCCCAAUGAGAGGAACAGCAGCCCGAGAAAGAGGAAAGCCCCUCCACCGCCCCCCGGCACCUCCAGCCAGCGCGCCCCAUGCUCUCUGGAGCACAGCUCCCCUUCCACAGAGCGGAGCAGCCGGAUAGUCACCGCCAAGCCCGCCAGGGCUCGCCCUGCCCCAGCUGACACGGAGGACAGGGAGGCCUACGAGGAGAUCGUCCGUCUGAGGCAGGAACGGGCUCGGUUCCUGCAGAAGAUCAAGGGCUUAGAACAGCAGCAGGAGAAGCAGAAGCGGGAGCAGCUGGAGUUGGAGGAGGGCUCCCUACGCUCCAUGGAGAAGCAGCUAAAGGAACUCCAGCAGCAACUGGCGGACAGUGAGGGGGAAAAGGAGCAUUUGGGGAAGGAGGUUGAAGUGCUCCGGAGCCGCCUGUCCUUGCUGGAGGCCGAGAAGGAGAACACCAGCUACGAUAUUGACACGCUGCAGGACGAAGAGGGGGACCUGCUGGAAUUCCCAGGGGCAGAGCUGCUGCUGUCCAGGAAGACUCUGAGUCUGUCCACGGAGGAGCUGCUGGCCACGCUGCAGGGCCAGGUGCAGUCGCUCACCAUGCAAAACCAGGAGCUGCUGGAGAAGAUACAGAUCCUGGAGAAUUACGAGAAAGACGAGAGUGACGUCUGCCCAUCUGAAGUCUUCGUCCCCAUCGUCCUCUACAACUCCCUCAAGUUGGAGUUCGACCAGCUCAGAGAGCAGCACGCUGAGGCCCAGGCUGCCCUGCAGGCUCUGGAAGGCGGCGGGCCCCACGGGGCCUCCUGCGAGCUAGUCCCAGUGGAGGCUUACAAGCAGCUGAAGGCUGAAUACGAGAUGCAGAUCCAGGCCCUAGAGCAGGCGCUGCAGGGGAGCAGCGCCCCAGCUGAGCCCGAGGGGAAAGGCCAGGCUGGGGUGCAGGCAGAAGGAAGCAGCAGGGAAGGAGGGGCUGGAGAUGCGGCUGUGGAAGAGCUGACCAAAACGCUGGCUGAGAUGCGGGAGAAGCACGAGGCGGCUGUGGCUGAGGUGUGGCUCCUGCGGGAGCAGAUCCAGCUGGGCAUCCUGUCCGUGGAGGAGCCGGAGGCGGCUGAGAGCUCCGGGAGCGAGCUGGAGACGGUGAGGGCAGCUCUGCAGAAAGCCCAGGAGGCCCUGCUGGAGAGAGACCAGAGGGUGAAGGAGCUGGAGGGGCGCCUGGAUGCCCAGGAAGAAGCAGCCGGUGGAGGCCGCUCCGCCGAGGAGGCGAGGGCGGCCCUCGGCGUCUCCUUGGGAGAAGCCGCGGCGGAGAAGGCCGCGCUGCUGGACAGGUGCCGCCACGCGGAGGCAGAAGUGGAGCAGCUGAGGAGGAGCGUGCAGGAGGGAGCCAGGGAGCUGCAGGAAGCGAUGGGCCGCCUCUCGGAGAGCCAGAGGCUGGAGGAGGAGAGCCGGCAGCUCCGCGAGCAGCUGGCAGAGCUGCGGGGGCAGUACGAGGAGGUGCAGGCCCAGCUCCGAGAGGAUCAGGGCAAGAGGGAGGAGGAGCUGAGCGGCCUGAAGGAGCAACUGGCUUCCGAGAGCAUCUCCAGGCAGGAGCAGGAGGAGGUGGCGGGGAAGCUGGGCGGGUCGUUGGCCGAGGCCAACAAGAAGCUGCUGGAGCUGGAGGAGAGGCACAGCGCCGCCCAGAGGGAGGUGAGGGAGCUGCAGCAUGCGGCGGAGCGGUACAGGCGGGACUGGAUCCCGCCGGCCGAGCACACCCGAGCCAAGGAGGCCCUGGAGGGCAGCGUCCGGGAGCUGAAGGCCAGAGCCCAGCAGCUGGAGCAGGAGCUGGCCGCCAAAGCCCAGGAGGCCUUGCGGCUGCAGGGCGAGCUGGCCAGCGCUCGGGAGGGCACGGUCCCCAGGGAGGAGCACGAGCAGCUGCGGUGCAGCCUGCAGGCGGAGGCGAGCGCACUGAGCCUGCAGCUCAGCGACCUGGAGCGCAAGCACGAGAAGACCUGCACAGAGGUGUUCCAGGUGCAGCGCGAGGCCCUCUUCAUGAAGAGCGAGAAGCACGCGGCCGAGGCCCAGUUGGCCGCCACGGAGAAGCAGCUGCAGAGCCUGCGGGCCGAGUCCGGGCGGAUCCAGGAGCUGCACGGCCAGAUCGAGGACUCGGCCAAACUGGUCAAGGAGAAGGACAGGAAGAUCACCGAGCUGUCCAAGGAAGUCUUCAAGCUGAAGGAGGCCUUGAACAGCCUGUCUGAGCGCUCCGGCCAGGUGGGGGCCCUGCCCAAGGCGGCCCCACAGAACCCGCAGGAGGUGGCGAAGCUGCAGAGCACGAUAAAGGCCUUGGAACAGCAGCUGGCCGAGAUGGAGACACACCACCGCAAGGUCGUCUCACUCUACCGGAACCACCUGCUCUGUGCGAUUCAGGGCCACAUGGACGAAGACGUGCAGAGACUCUUGUACCAGAUCCUGAUGAUGCAGAGGCUGCAGGAGCAAGGCAGAUGAGCUCCCCGGGGCCAGGGAGCCCGGCCCGGUCCCUGGUUCUGAGCAGGGGAGCGGAGUGGAUUCGCACGCGGAACUGGCUGGACUCCAGCGUCAAGCGGUGUGGCGAGGCCCUGUGGCCAGCUGGCCCUUUUUUGCACACACCUCCUCACCAAGAUCAAGGCACACGAGUGUUGGGUGACCCCUGGGGCAGCACCUUUGCUCCCUGUUCCUGGGCAGCCUGUGCUGGGAGGUGCCCGUGGGCAGGUGGCUGGAAGGUGCCUCGUGGCAAGGUGUAGGCCCAGCUCACACGGCCCUUUCCACGGGUGCUUUCACCUCGGCAGCCUCCGAGACGGGAUGAGGGAGGCAGGCUCCUGACCGGGCGAUGCCACUGGGUGAGGGGCCCAUCCUCGCUCCGUGGGCAGAAGGGAGCAGGGAUGGGGAGAGGCUGCAGUAAUUCACCAGCUCCUGCCUGCGUCUCUCAGCGGAGCAUCCACAGCAAUAAACUCUUUAUACUCACUCAGCAGAGGCUCGCUGG